AUGUUCGGAGGCGUGUCCGAGCGGAUCCAGAAGGACCGGCAGCGGGCCGGAGGACUGGGCUCGGUCCAGCAGGCGGUGCAGUACCUGAAGCAGGACUACCAGGCCCUGAAGGAGGACUGCCUGCAGAACGGAUCCAUGUUCGAGGACCCAAUGUUCCCUGCAGAACCCGCCUCGCUGGGCUUUAAGGAACUCGCUCCACACAGCGCCAAAACCAGCGGAGUGGAAUGGAAGAGACCCACGGAGCUGACGGAGGAGCCUCGGUUCAUCGUAGACGGAGCCACGAGGACGGACAUCUGUCAGGGAGCGCUGGGUGACUGCUGGCUGCUGGCUGCGAUUGGCUCUCUGACUCUGAACCAGCAGCUGCUGCAUCGCGUCGUUCCUCACGGUCAAAGCUUCAACCAGGAAUACUCCGGCAUCUUCCACUUCCAGUUCUGGCAGUUCGGUGAGUGGGUGGAUGUGGUGAUUGACGACCGGCUGCCGGUUAAAGAUGGAGAGCUGAUGUUUGUUCACUCUGCUGAAGGCAGCGAGUUCUGGAGCGCUCUGCUGGAGAAAGCCUACGCCAAGUUGAAUGGCUCAUACGAGGCGUUGUCAGGCGGCAGCACCACUGAAGGCUUUGAGGACUUCACUGGUGGUGUGGCGGAGAUGUACGAGUUGAAGAAAGCUCCCAGAGAUCUUCCCCGCAUCAUCAACAAAGCUCUGGAGAGAGGCUCGCUGCUCGGCUGCUCCAUCGACAUCACCAGCACCUUCGACAUGGAGGCGGUCACCUUCAAGAAGCUGGUCAAAGGCCACGCCUACUCUGUGACUGCACUCAGACAGGUGGAUUACCGCGGCCGCCAGGAGCGUCUGAUCCGGAUCAGGAACCCCUGGGGUCAGGUGGAGUGGACCGGAGCCUGGAGCGACAGCUCCUCAGAGUGGAACUCGGUGGACUCGGCAGAGAAAGACGAGCUGCUGUGUAAGAUGGAGGACGGAGAGUUCUGGAUGUCGUUUCAGGACUUCCUGCGUCAGUUCUCCAGGCUGGAGAUCUGUAAUCUGACCCCAGACGUCCUCAGUGAAGACGCCACCAGCUUCUGGACCACGGUGACGUUUGAAGGCGGCUGGAGGAGAGGAAGCACCGCCGGAGGCUGCAGGAACAAUCCCAACACGUUCUGGAUCAACCCUCAGUAUAAGGUCACGCUGCUGGAGGAGGACGACGACCCCGAGGACGACGAGGCCGCCUGCAGCUUCCUGGUGGCUCUGAUGCAGAAGGACCGCCGCCGCCACCGCCGCCACGGCCAGGACAUGCACACCAUCGGGUUCGCCGUCUAUGAGAUUCCUGACGAGCACCGUGGCUGUCAGAGUGUCCACAUGAAGAAGGAUUUCUUCCUGCGUCACUCCUCCUGCGCUCGCUCCGAGACCUUCAUCAACCUGAGAGAGGUGAGCGCCAGACUCCGCCUCCCGCCGGGCGAGUACCUCAUCGUCCCGUCCACCUACGAACCCUCCAAGGAGGCCGACUUCGUUCUGAGAGUUUUCACUGAGAAACAGUCUGAGACCGAGGAGAUGGACGAUGACGUGGUGGCAAACAUUGAUGACGAGGAGGAAAUCUCAGAGAGCAACAUUGAUGAUUCCUUCAGGUCCAUGUUCGCUCAGCUGUCCGGAGACGACAUGGAGAUCUCAGUGAGCGAGCUCAGGACCAUCCUCAACCGAGUCGUGUCCAAGCACAGAGACCUGCAGACGGACGGGUUCAGCAUGGAGUCCAGUCGAGCGAUGGUCAGCCUGAUGGACAAAGACGGCAGCGCUCGGCUCGGUCUGGUCGAGUUUCAGGUUCUCUGGAACAAGAUCAAGAAGUGGCUGGGAAUCUUCAGAGAGUUCGACCUGGAUAAAUCUGGCUGUAUGAGCUCGUACGAGAUGCGUCUGGCGCUGGAAAACGGCGGAUUCAAACUGAACAACAAGCUGUAUCAGAUGAUGGUGGCUCGAUACGCCGACAACGAGAUCAUCGACUUCGACAACUUCACCUGCUGUGUGAUCAAACUGGAGACGAUGUUCAAGGCGUUUCAUCAGCUGGACCGAGACGGGACGGGAACGGUUCAGAUGAACAUCAACGAGUGGCUCUUUAUGACCAUGUGUGGAUGAAGCUGACUUCCUGCUGCUGAACUCAAAGUGCCUCCAACAGGAAGAAACAACCAACCAAUCAGAGAGCUUCACCUGCAGCUGCAC